AUGGCCACUUGGGCUUACCCGCCUGUACCCCCAGAGCGCCUAGAACAGGAAGUCGACUCCGCGUUGGCGAAGGAGCUAGAAUGGCUAUUACGUUCGCUGCAAGACUCCCUUACCUCGUUACGAGAGGGCCUCCAUGAAUGCGCAGCCCUAUUGGCACCCAAGGAGCCGGGAUCAACACUCGUCCUCUCAUCUCUACGCUCAGAAAAUGUAAAAGGUUUUGUGACUCGGGUUGGGACAAAGAUCGUGAAAGGCGACAUCCAACUCCGUCUUAGCUCCCUUGCCUCGCGGGGCUCGGCCACCACCCGCCUGUGUCUGGCGAAUACGCCUACAACACCCGAGCUCAUUUUAAGUCAACUAGUAUCGGUCAAAAACUUGGUCAACCAAAGUCUGGAUAUUGUCGAUGUAAGCACUUGGACUGGUGACCCGCUCAACGCCGGCUUCAUCUACAGCCAACUGCACCUCCUCCGCGAGACCAUCAGUGAAGCACGGCAGAUGUUGAAGGGCGAAAAUGACAAAGUCAGAGGCAAGUGGUGGGAGACAAGUGCGCAAGAGGAGAUGUUUGAUCCCCCGCUACCGGCGUACUUAUCGUUCCAUCUAUCCAUUGCGGAUUCGGCUCUGGUCCUUUAUUUGAGGACGCUAGAAUCUAAUACCCCCGUUCACACGCCAACCGCAUUCGCGACUGAUAUAUCUCUGACCGGGUUCAACCUGCGGGAUCGGUUGUUUGGAAGCCGCCAUCGUCCUCACGAUGAGGCAGGCGAUGUUUUCACCUGGAAAGGAGAUGAAGUCAAAGUGAGGGAGAAGAUCCGCGUAGAGAGCCAGGACCCUAGCCUUAUGGCCGUGAUGGCCAAACUAACCGCUCUUGAGCACGAAGUGAUGAAGUGGAUAUCAGCUCUGAAGGUGCUCAUGGGUAACGAAGAUACGGACAGCGAGUCCCAGAACAGCGGAAUUUCUGAUGGACAUGCGGCUUGGCGCGAGUUUUCCUGGCAAAAGCUCUCCAGUGGCAAGUCGAUUUCUUCCAGGUACAAGCUCCUGAUACUUGCAUCUCGAGCCGUGGAAGGGUUGACGAUGCUGUCACGAUCUCCGGCAGUCAGGGCGACCCGGUCCCAUCCCCAUGGCCUUUUACGUCCGGUCGUAUUCAGGUCGCCGCAGACCGGUUCGCAGCCACUCCGCCGCGGAGCUGCGAGCUUCAGAGCUGGGCGCCCCAGAACCUCAAUCGCCCGCAAAGCGUCCCCAUCGACCUUACACUUGGAAUCUCUACUCAAGGAAGCUCCCCACGUUCACUCUCAGCCAUGGCUGCACGGCCUGCGGCAUGCGUCGUCCACGACACCGACGGAGACCGAUCCCGAUGCGAAGAAGGAUACCAUCUACGCCUUGGUCGACAAGAUCAAUCAAACGGAUCUGGAGAUGGCUGAGCUUAUGUACGAGCUAGACCUUUUGGACGACCAUGAGAAAGCGCUCAACCUCGAAGGUCUCGAUUUCGAUUAUGCGUUGAGUCAGACGAUCGGUCACCGGGACGAAGAAACGUUGGAUGCGCGGGUGCGGCAAGCAAGACAGGAAUUUGGUGAAUAUCUUCCGGAGGGGCUCUUGAAUGAUAGAGAGACUCAGCUGUACACUCGGUUGUACGGCGAGCCUGUCUAUCUUGCGCAGGAGUCUGAGCUGGAUCUGGUGGAAGAAGGAGAAGAGAUAGAUCCGGAUAGGCUGUACCGUGAAGAUGGCGAGGGCGGCUGGGAAGAAGUCGAGCUGGAUGGAUCUGAGACACACGAUGAGCCUCCGUUGGUCUAUGAUAUGGAAGCUCCGCCGUCAAUCGAGGAAACGAUCACGAUGCAACGGACGAGAGAAGUCGCCGAGCAGCUAGGCGGAGAGAUUAUGCUCGAGCAGUUCGAAGAUGAGGCAGCAUCAGACUCGGCUCCCAAAUUCCAUCCUCUAACAACGAUGGGAAAGUUUUCCACCGAUCCCAGCACUAUAUUCAUACCGAAGGAUAGCGUGACGGGCCCAAUCUCUGUCAUUCUGUCGGACUUCUCCAACAAGCAUAUUGCGGACACCGCCCAUCGCACACUUGGCGGCCAAUACCUUCCUUAUUCUACUACAACCCCACCCUUGCGCUUGCAAGCUCCUCAACAGCCGAUUCCUCUAGAAGCGUCCCAGCGGUACAUGAGCGAGAUGGAAGCCAAUGUCUUCCUUGCCGCUCUCUACCCCGGCAUGUAUGCGUCUGUGCUGAGUGUUCUGGUGGAAGUCCGUAAACGCUUGGGUACGGACUGGAUCCGGAACCUGAUGACACAAGAAGGCGGACCCCAUGUCCUCGAUGUCAGCGCCGGCGGUGCAGGUGUCUUGGCGUGGAGAGACAUCCUUCGUGCUGAGUGGGAAGCCAUGACCCCAGAGCAGAGCCCGGAGGACCCCUAUCCCGUGGGCCGGUCGACGGUUGUUACUGGAUCCGACACUCUUCGUCUCCGUGCCAGCGCGAUGCUCGAAGACACCAGCUUCCUCCCGCGGCUGCCCGACUACGUUCACGUCCGCGAAAAGCCAACCUUGCAAGACGAGCGGGCUCCGCCAAAGCGGAAACAGUACGACAUUAUCAUUGCUCCACACUCGUUGCUCGGAAUCGAGGAAGAGUUCCUCCGGAAGGAACAUGUACAGAACCUGUGGAACCUCCUGAACCCCAACGGGGGCGUCCUGAUCCUCCUCGAGAAGGGACACCAAAAGGGUUUCGAAGCCGUUGCCGGAGCGCGUGACAUGCUCCUGAAACGAUUCAUCUCCAGCCCCGGAUCUACCAGAUAUGAGAAUUUGACAGAUUCGCCCGAAGAAGAUACAUUCAUCGAGAAAGAAGCCGGCAUGAUCGUCGCUCCCUGCACCAACCACAACAAGUGCCCCAUGUAUCAAAUCCCCGGCCAUACCAAGGGCCGUAGAGAUUACUGUCACUUCCAACAACGCUACAUCCGCCCAGCCUUCCUACAGCGCAUCAUCGGCGCUAAGGAUCGCAACCAUGAGGACCUGAAAUUCAGUUACAUCGCCGUCCAGCGUGGCGUCGACCGGCGUAUCGAGGACAGCAUCAUCCAGGGCACCGAAGCCGCAGAUGCAGCCUUUGACGGCUAUGAAGACGCAGUCGAGAUGCCGAAGCAAGAAACCGAAGCAUCAGCCAACGAAGCUGUCGCAUCAGAGACUCAACCUUCACCUACCGAACAACAGGAAACAGGAGGAGUCAACUUCCUCUCCCUGCCCCGUAUCGUCUACCAACCCAUGAAGCGCCGCGGACACGUCAUCUUCGACCUUUGCACGCCGGCUGGCAAGAUCGAGCGCUGGACCGUCCCCCGGUCGUUCAGUCGGCAAGCGUACAAGGAUGCGCGCAAGUCCCAGUGGGGAGACCUGUGGGCUCUUGGUGCGAAGACUCGUGUUGCAAGAUCCUUGCGACUCGGUGAGAAGCAUGGUGAGGGUAAGAAGGAACGACUUGCUCGGCGGGCUGCUGAGAAGCAGGAAAUGGAGGAAGAGGAAGAGGAUGCAUUGGAGGAGAGAAUGGAGCCUACCAGCAGUAUGCCUGACAUUCAGACUCCGCUUAAGAAGAAGGGUCAGAAGAUACCCAGUUGGGAGAAGCAGCAGCUUAAGAAGAAGCGCAGACAGGCUUUGAAGCAGGUGAGACCUUCGGCCUAAGGUUACUAGGCCUGGGCUUGGUUGUUCUUUUUCGGGUAUCUACAUCGGAGUCAAAAGUGGCGUAUAGAGGGUUUGGAUUGCUUCCUGGCUAGGAGCAU